GGAAAAUUGCGUAUUUUACAAAACUGAAUAUGAUGUGCAGGGAAAUGUUAAAUUUUUUGAUAAUAUCACUGUUUGUUCUUUUACAAAAUGUGAUUCAUACAAAAGCUAUAAAUAAUAUUAUGAACGGAGAUAAUAAAACUUUCUUGUAUAAUAAGUAUAAAUACGACGAAAUAAUCAAUGUAACUGUUAAUAAGACAACUGAGCAAUUCCUUGAUUUUUAUGAGGGAUAUCAUCUUGGGAGCUGCCAUUGGUGGUAACCACCAAAACCAAUAUGCUACAGUUUGAUGACGUCUCUAGGACCCUGUGUCCACACGACGCAGGACCUAAUGUGACGUCGGUGAACAGACCGUCGCUACUAUUGACGACCUCGAGUUCUAACAAUGUAACGGCUACCAUCAAGCUCAGAAGGGUACACGACUUCUUCGUGGAAGUAAACAAGGAAUUGAACCUGACAGUGAAACCCAGUACGCCCAAGUAUUACUACUUCUCAUUCGAUAGCACCCCAGGAAAUGUCACUGUGGGAAAGGGAUGGCGAUACUUGCCGAGGUUUAACUACACAAUCCCAAAGAGUGUGAUACUGCUCAUAGAGUCUGAUGAUGAUAUAUGCGCUACAGUCUCUAUACAGAACAACUCUUGUCCAGUUUUCGACAAUGAGCGAGAUGUACUGUACCAGGGGUAUCACCUAACUAUGACCACUAAAGGAGGCAUUACUUUAACGCAAUCGAUGUUCCCACAAGGAUUCUACAUAGUGUUUAUAGUGCGGGAGAAUGAUGAUGCGUGCACUGGCGACUCGUUCGGCGACCACGGUGAUAGAAUUAAAGAAUUCAGGUUUCGCGUGAUAGCAACAAUGUCGUACUUCGAGUAUUUAGUGGGCGCCCUGGUGACUUUGGCCCUCGCACUGGUGCUAUGCCUCAUUGUUGCGUUGCUACCACUUUGCACAUGCUCAGCACAGGAAAUAGUCGUGGAUACAGAAGUACCCACCACAUCAAGCGGCGAGACCUCCGCGGGUGGGCCACCGCCACGAACAGGGAACGAAUUGGAUGAUGAUUCACUAUCGGAGUCCAUUCCCGAGUGGGAGGGGGAUCUGACUCGACCUUUGACAGUCGCCGGUCUCAGUCGAGCCACGCCCAACGCACACUCGAGACGAUCGGACAGAUACUUUUGGAGUUCGUUGACUGUGGCUGUUGUGUACGCGCUGCCCGUCGUACAACUAUUAAUCACAUAUCAGAGGAUGGUGUUCCAAACGGGCGAUCAAGAUUUGUGCUACUAUAAUUUCCUAUGCGCCCAUCCGCUUGGCACACUCUCCGAUUUCAACCACGUGUACUCAAACGUUGGUUAUAUUGUUUUUGGGCUUAUAUUUAUGCUACAAGUGCGCAGGAGGAACGAGCAGGAGACCGGUAUACCUCAACAUCGCGGUUUGCUAUACUCGCUGGGGCUAGCGUUAGCGAUGGAGGGACUGCUAUCUGCUUGCUACCAUCUAUGCCCCAAUAAGAUGAACUUUCAGUUCGAUUCGUCGUUUAUGUACGUGAUAGCGGUGCUGUGUAUGGUGAAACUGUAUCAAAGUCGUCACGCUGACGUGAACGCUAGCGCGCACGCUACGUUUAUGCUUCUAGCCGCCGUCAUGGCGAUAGGUUUGUUCGGCAUCAUGUAUCCAAGCGUUUACUUCUGGGCACUGUUCACUGUACUUCAUCUUGCCACGUGUUUUGUGCUCACACUUAAGAUUUACUACUUGGGACAGUUCAGAAUCGACAGGUAUGUAGCAUUGCGGGUAUGGCGUGCGGUGGGCGAGCACGGUAGACUCGCGUUCAGGCCGAAUUAUACAGCGCGCGCUGUUCUACUAGCACUAGCGAACAUAGCCAACUGGGCUCUAGCUAUUUACGGCUUGUACGAGCACAACAAAGACUUCGCGCGCCAUCUUCUGGCCAUCCUUAUGGGAAACACAUUCUUGUACACGACUUUCUACGUGGUCAUGAAACUGGUUAACAAGGAGAGGAUAUCUUUACAUUGCACCUUAUAUCUGGUCGGCACGCUCGUCUGCUGGGCGCUUGCUAUCUCUUUCUUUCUCGACGCUAGGACCAAGUGGUCGCAAACGCCGGCGCAGUCUCGUCAACAUAACGCAGUGUGCUCGGUGCUUCAGUUCUAUGAUUCGCACGACGUAUGGCACGUCACAUCUGCCGCCGGCAUGUUCUUAUACUUCAAUAUGUUACUUACGCUUGACGACAACCUCCGGUAUACUCCUAGAGAUAAGAUACCCGUAUUUUAGGCGAAUUCCGCACUGGCAACACUGACUUUAUGAAUGGAGAUUUAUGCCGUCAAACAAAGAUUGCUUUUAUUGAGAUAAAGAUUGUUUUUCUUCAAACGUAUUUAAAAUUGGGUCAGUUUUUGAUUUUCUAUACGCGAUU